AUGGGCCAACAGGUUAAGUGGCCCCCAAAGAUGAAAGCACCUGACUCAUUCCGGAACCCGGGACUCUGGUGCGACUUCCAUCACGAUCACGGCCACAAAACUGAAGACUGCGUCGCCCUGAAGAUCGAGGUCAACGAAUUGCUCCAAAAGGGGCAUCUACGAGAAUUCCUUUCAGAGAAAGCCAAGGCUCAUCUUAGCAAAGAAGCAUCAGGGAAAUCCAAAGGAGACGCACCAAGCUCACCACCUCGUCAGGACCGGGUGAUUCAUGUCAUCUCAGGAGGCUCUGAAGUAAGUGACGUGAGUCAUGCAGCUGCGAUGAAGAGCACCCGUAAUGCUAAACACGGCCUGGAGACUGCUCAACCUAAACGCCUACUUCUAGGUACCGACGAGAUAAGCUUCACAGCAAAGGAGCAAGAGAAGAUAUUAGCUCCCCACCAUAGCGAACUGUUUGGUGAAAAGAAUACUAGUAGACAACGGGUCCUCCAGCAAUAUCAUCUUCCUGCCGGCGUACCAAGACCUAGGGUUAGAGGAGAAUACCCUGACGCGUAA